ACAUUUAGGAUUUUCAUGUUGCCGAAGCAGAAAAAUAGGUUGGAUUUCCAUGUCUUUCAUCCUUAUUUUUCCUAUUCAGUUUUUUUUUGGGUUUUGCAAAGACCUUUUCAACACAAAAUUUGUCGUCUUUCGCUUGUUUACUUUGCAUCAAUAUUUUUUAGUCUGGGUUAAAGUUUCUUAAUAAUGCAUUAUCAACACCACCAAAUUGAUUCCAGCAGUCGCAGGAGUUUGCCACAGGCCCAUGCGAACGAUCAUAGCCUUGAAUACCGGCGCUGGCACCGCGUAUUCAGGCUGCACACCCUGGAUCACUGGCGCGUUGGAGGCGCGCGCCUGUUCAGCACUGGCUACCUUGUCGCAAUCCGCGCGGCAUUUUUUGUAUACACGCUGUUUGGGUGGAUAUUCUCAAUCAUAUUUGCAACCAAAAACCACGAGAUGCAAUACUACUUUAUACGCUUCACAUAUCUUUGCUACACGGGGCUUUUAUUUUAUCUCGGGGCAUCCCUAUAUCAUACCUACCAGCUCUGGCGGCGCGGCGCACCCUCAUCGUUUUCAAACAUGCCCAGGACCCUUCAGCUCAUGCAUUGGCUAUUGUUUGCAUCGGCGCUCUUGUAUGCAACAGUGGUCUCGGUGAUGUUUUGGUCGCUGAUAUACAAAUCCGCAGACUACCCGACUAAUGUCAACAGAUGGAUAAACAUCUCGGUGCAUGGCACAAAUUUUUUCAUUAUGUGGACAGACAUGGUGCUUGGAUCCAUGAUGCUGUCGCCCCACUGGUCACACACUCUAUUUUUUACGGUUGUGGUUGUGCUGUACUUGUCAUUGACUUAUAUCAACGAGGCUGUCAGCGGUUGGUUCCCCUAUGACUUCAUCAACUACCGGAUCCACAAAGAAAAGCAAAUCGGGAUCAACAUUGGCAUGCUGGCCGGCUUCGUGCUCAUGUACUACGUGCUAUACGGACUGCAGCUACUGCUCGAUCGGUUUUUCCCACUGAACUUCACAUUGAAGCCGCCACCUGCAGAUGACGAGGAUAUGAGUAGCCCAAUGUUGAACUAAAGCAAAGUCGGUGUUAAUUGAAAAAUAAAUACAUAU